AUGGGCCACGCUACAGAAUCUACUCUCUGGCAAUCAGAUGCCUUCAGCCAGCCCAUCAAGGAUCUCAUCUCGAGGUACUACGAGCUGUCCGAUUCACCCCAGGCAGAUGCUGGAGAGAUCCUAGCAUCCAAAGUCUUCUCUAGCGACGCCUGCGUUAAAUCACCGCAGGGAAGCUUCACUAGCUCUGCUGAGAUCGCAGCCAGUCGUGAAAAUGCUUGGAAGGUCGUUGAGUCACGGAAGCAUACGAUCGACCGGGCCUUCUUUGGCGAUCACGGAGAGUCCCCAGAAAUAGUGAUCAUCGGCAGUCUUUACAUGACCUUUCGCAACGGGAAGAGUCUUGAUUCUCCAUUCGCUACACAUAUCAAGCUCGAUGCAGCUUCUGCCCCCACUUCACAGCCUUUGAUGAGCUAUAUGGAAGUCUAUACUGUGAGCUUCUCCGACUAUGAAGAACUUUGCUCUUACUGGGAUGUUGUCAACUGA